UCCUUCCCCCUGUUGCUGGAGGUAACAGUUUAUUCUGUUGUUUCACUGGAAGCUGGUGCGGCGUGGUCCCCCGUGGAGGGACAGCUGUUGCAAAAGAUGACUCACUUACAGGCUGGCCUCUCUCCAGAGACCCUGGAGAAGGCCAAGGUGGAGCUGAAGGAAAACCCGGAGACUUUACACCAGGACAUCCAGGAGGUCCGGGACAUGAUCAUCACCCGGCCGGACAUCGGUUUCCUCAGGACAGACGACGUGUUUAUCCUCAGAUUCCUCCGGGCGAGGAAAUUCAACCACUUCGAGGCGUUUCGGCUGCUGGCACAGUAUUUUGAGUACCGACAGCAGAACCUGGACAUGUUCAAGAACCUGAAAGCCACGGACCCGGGCAUCAAGCAGGCCCUGAAGGACGGUUUCCCCGGCGUGCUCUCCAAUCUGGACAGAUACGGCAGGAAAAUACUGGUCCUGUUCGCAGCCAACUGGGACCAGAGCAGAUACACGUUUGUGGACAUACUGAGAGCUAUCUUGCUGUCACUGGAGUCUAUGAUCGAAGAUCCGGAGCUGCAGGUCAACGGCUUCAUCCUCAUCAUCGACUGGAGUAACUUCACCUUCAAGCAGGCGUCCAAACUGACCCCCAGCAUGCUGCGGCUGGCCAUCGAGGGGCUACAGGACAGUUUUCCUGCCAGAUUUGGGGGGAUCCACUUUGUGAACCAGCCGUGGUACAUCCAUGCUCUCUACACCGUCAUUCGACCCUUCCUCAAAGACAAGACCAGGAAGAGGAUCUUCAUGCACGGUAACAACCUGAACAGCCUCCACCAGCUGAUCCACCCCGAGAUCCUGCCGUCCGAGCUCGGCGGGAUGAUGCCGCCGUACGAUAUGGGCACAUGGGCGCGGACGCUGCUGGACCACGCCUACGACGAGGAGACUGACUACUGUCCGGAGUCCUACACCCUGUCAGUACAAGACCUGGAGAGAGACCUGGAGAAAAACCUGUCCCCAAAAACCAUGAAGAGGUCUCAGUCGGUGGUGGAGCCCGGCGUCCUGAAGCGACCAGACAAAGUCAAGACCGAAGAAGACAACAUGCAGCCGCUGCUCUCGCUGGACUAAACAACACACUUACAGCUCAAAGUCAUACCCAAGUCAAUAUUUACACACAGAAAUACUCUAAUAGACUUACCUGUGCACAUACUGUAAGUGACACACGCGCGCCCUGAAAAACACCCCACUCCAGAAAAUGCUGCUCCUGCUGUUGGAUUCUUGUUUCUCUUGAACUCAGUGAUAUCAAAAUGAGCCGAUACGAAGCAGACAGAUGGCCAGAAGCGAGACGGACGUUCCCUCAGACUAAAGGGGAUCCUAAGAGUUACUGAUGGUCUUCUAUAUAUUUAUUUAUUUAGUUAUUUGUCAAGUGCCAAUUCCAAAAACUGUAAAUUCACGUCUUUAAACAAUCCAGCCCCCUCAGUACGGAGCCGGGAGGCACUGGUUCGCAAACGAGUGCACAGAGAAAGAGUUGUGAAGGUGCCACAGAAAACAGUGUUUCCUACAGUUGUAUAUUAUAUGGGUGAUGAGGGAUGUGGAAAACUGGAAAUCAUAUUUCAAAGAGGGCUCGGGGCUACGGUUCCCGAGCGGCCAUGUUUUUUUUCCUUCUUUGUAGAGUAAUUUGAAGAAAUCGCCACGUUACGGCGCGAAGCACGGCUCAGGAUUAGCAGAAGCGUCAAUUAUGAGUUUGUUCGACCUCCUGGACCCAGAAUGGCAGAAAGGCAGUUAGUUUACUGGGAGGUAACUGGGUGUUAACUGGGAGUUUUGGCGUCUUUCCUGUGAAAAUAAUGUCUGAACUAUCAGUCACGCUCCAAUUAUCUCUUGGAAAAGCAAAACCCCCUUUACGGUAGGAGCUGGCUCAAUAAAUCAUCUGCUUUUUCCUUUCGGCCAUUUUCUCUCUUUUUCUGACCCAUAUGUCACAGAGUACAGUCUUUCUUCUGCCAUUAGGAAAGAUACAAAGCUGCAGGCUCUUUUUAAAUGACUCAUGUCACCAAGUACUUCUGUGGCUGAAGAUGACCAAAAGAUAUAUUUUCAGAGUCUAAUGGAUGGGAUGUCUGACCACAUAAAUAAGGCUAGAUUGAAUUUUAUAAAAGUAACGAAAGGGCAAGCGUACCACCUCCUCCUGUUACUUUGUGACGCAUUUGUUAUAUUUUAAGCAAUAAUAAUCUCACUUCUGAAAUGUUCGAACAUUACCGCAGCAAAAACAGUAUGUCAGUAUUAUAAGAUUUCAAGAAUUAGGCAUUAAAGGACUGUAGUGGCAUUUCUGACUGUUUUUAGACCAUUUAAAUCUCAUGUCAUUAUAUGGUAUUAAUGACUGAUUAUAUUCUAACGCAUAACCUGAGAUAGAAUUAAUUUUUGCCUCAUUCUGGGCUGCAAUAAGUAGAUUAUUGGUGUUUGCGCAGUUGAAAAUCAGAAGUAUUAAUUUGCAGUUGGACUCAAGGAACAGUCGAACCACAUCUCAUGUUCGGAUAAUAAUUUAAAGACUUGAUUGAAGGUUUUAAGAAUUCAUGUGCUAUCAUGUGAUAACAAAAUUACUUCAGUGAUACCAUUAGGCAAACUAGUGUCCAGGGUAUUUUGAGCUCUAGAGGAAAAUCCCCCUUUUUGGUGUUCGGCCCUCAGCGUUUGGUUCAGCAGCUACACAACAGCAGACGCUUAGAGGUGCAGUGUGGAGUUUACGACCACUAGCCGCACGAUGGAGCAAUGUCUUUAGGAAUGGGUCACCGUUUUUCUUCGUAUAAUGCGUGUUGGUAUGGGGCGAUGCGAUUCACAUUCCUGCCGUGAGUUUCACGCCGUGCCACUGAUCGACAGCGGCCGACGGUAACGCGCAGAGAAGCAGAGCGAAGCACUAAGAAAGGCAAUGCGGAAGAAGACUGCUAGCCAGCAGAGUUGGACGGAAACGAAGCCUAAAAAAAAUCGGCUUUGCAAAUCCUUUAAUGAGGAAGGAAAAGCGCUCAACGCAUUUGUUAGACCCCAGGGAAACACGCAGGAACGGCAAAUGUAAACAUGACUUUUGUUUACAACACAGCUUCACAGGGCACCUUUAAGUCUCCGAUGUCAAAGCUUCCUGAGAACACGUGGACACACCACCCCUGCAGACUACAGAUCAAUAAUUUUAAUCCGUUAACAAUUACAAACUGAGGCUGUGGUUAACACUGGUGGACUAUCGGUCUCGGGCCAUAGUAAAGUUAGCAGUAUUGUAAACGUGGUUGGCGUUUAGUGGGCUAAAACCUGAAGUAUAAACCGUACGUGGUCCUUGUUUCAGCAUUGAUCGCUAUUUUCAGUAAAGGUGUUUUGAGAGGAUUUUGAAUCUAUGUUAAGUUUUAUUUCAAAAGUAUUAUUUUAAAGCACAGUAUUUAAUCAUAUCUACAGUCAGAGUUUGGUUUAAACUCAGCAGUUAGAGGAGCUACUGCUGCAGUGUAGAUACAGUAGGAUAUUUAAAACGACAGAGCCACUACUUCCUGUUUGCUCCACUCACUGUUUUUUAUGCUUCUGACUUCCCAAAAAUAAUUCUUUGUACGAAA